AAACCUUAGCUGAUUUAUUUCCAAAAGUAGAGAAGAAGGGUGCAUCUGUCCAUAAAGUGGGCAUCAAUAUCAAACUCUUAUGCUUUUGUGGAGUUUAUGUUGCAGUUGACAGUUUGCAACAGAAACCAGUAGAGAAUUGGUGGGGGCCAUGGCAUCUGCGACGCUUCCCCCCUUCCACCCCACCCUCUUGCAGAAAUGCCCCUCCUCUUUGAGGAAUUUACGCUUCUACCCUCGGCGGCUAUCGAUCCUCAGACGCAGCCCUCCCUUCAGAUUCCGAGCUAGUUUGGCCGUUGCCACGGGCCCGGAUUCACUCGUUCAACCCUUGAAUUCAGGAGAGCCACAAAAGGAUGCAGUGGAAUUUGACUUGCUAGCAUGCCCAGUUUGUUAUGAACCACUAAUAAGGAAGGGCCCUCCUGGUUUGAGCUUGCAAGCAAUCUAUCGGUCUGGUUUCAAAUGUCGGAAAUGCAAUAAGACAUUCUCUAGCAAAGACGACUUUCUGGACCUCACAGUUACUGCAGGAACAAAGGACUACAACGAAUUCAAACCGGCUAGGACUGAGCUAUUCAGGAGCCCACUUGUUUCGUUCUUGUAUGAAAGAGGGUGGCGCCAAAAUUUUAGCCGGAGUGGCUUUCCUGGUCCUGAUGAAGAGUUCAAAAUGGCUCAGGAAUACUUUAAACCUGCAGCAGGUGGUCUUCUUGUAGAUGUCAGCUGUGGGAGUGGUUUAUUUUCGAGAAAAUUUGCCAAAUCCGAAGUUUACUCCGGAGUUAUUGCUUUAGAUUUUUCUGAGAAUAUGCUUCGUCAAUGUUAUGAUUUUAUUAGUAAAGAUGAAUCUCUCUCAACUGUAAACAUUGCUCUUGUCCGGGCAGAUGUUUCAAGGCUCCCCUUUUCAUCAGGUUCAGUUGAUGCUGUUCAUGCUGGGGCUGCAUUGCAUUGCUGGCCAUCUCCCUCCAAUGCUGUGAGUAUCUUUUCUUUUCUUUAUUCAUGCCCCAACUGCUAAAUUAAAGUUGAUUUU